GCAGCAGCAGGAGGAGGAGGAGGAGGAGGAGAGGGGGGAGCACGAAGAAGAAGAAGGAGGGAGGCGGCUCCACUUUGACCCAACUGGGGCUGCUUUCUUUCUUUCUUUCUUUCUUUCUUUCUUUCUUUCUUUCUUUCUUUCUUUCUUUCGGGCUUAGCUUCCCCCCAGGAAGAGGGGGAGGCCUAAGCCCCCCUUCCUCCCCCUCCCAGGGCAGGCAUGCUGGGCAUGUACGUCCCGGACAGGUUUGCCCUGAAGUCCUCCCACAUUCAGGACGGCAUGGGGCUCUUUACGGCCCGGCGAGUGAAAAAGGGUGAAAAAUUUGGGCCAUUUGCAGGAGAGAAGAGAAUGCCCCAGGAGCUGGAUGAAGACAUAGACUGCAGGCUGAUGUGGGAGGUACGUGGAAAUAAAGGUGAAGUGCUUUAUGUCCUGGAUGCCAGCAAUCCAAGGCAUUCUAAUUGGUUGCGUUUUGUACAUGAAGCACCAUCUCAGGAGCAGAAGAACUUGGCUGCUAUCCAGGAAGGAGAAAACAUUUUCUAUCUAGCUGUUGAGGAUAUAGAAACAGAUACCGAACUGUUGAUAGGCUACCUUGACAGUGACAUGGAAGAAGUAGAGGAAGAAGAGGAGGAAGUAAUUAUUAACCAAGAAGAAGAUGACAGCAACAAUAAUACUAACAACAGCCAUAAAGACUUACAACAAACUAGUGAAAAAGAUUCUCUUAACUGUAAAGAGGACCAUGCCUGUCCUAACUGUGAAUCCAGUUUUGCCAGCCAGGAAAUCUUAGCUGAACAUCUUCAAACAUUACACCAAAAACCCAGUGAGGAAAAGGAAUUUAAAUGCAGAAACUGUGGGAAAAAAUUCCCAGUUAAGCAAGCUUUGCAGAGGCAUGUUCUGCAGUGCACAGAAAACAUCAAUCCAGGAGACCGUUCAAGGAGUUUUCAGUGUUCUGUUUGCAACACACCCUUCAGCUCAGAAUCGAGCUAUGAGCAACAUAAAGAAGCAUGCCGUGGUGAUGCCAGGUUCGUAUGCAAGGCUGAUAGCUGUGGGAAAAGGUUCAAGAGCAAAGAUGCCUUGAAAAAGCACAAGGAAAAUGUUCAUAGUGGAAACUCUAGGAAAAGGCUCAUGUGCUCAGUGUGUAAUAAGAGGUGUUCUUCAGCAACAAAUCUUCAAGAGCAUCGAAAGGUUCAUGAGAUCUUUGACUGUCAGGAAUGUGACAAGAAAUUUAUUUCAGCUAACCAAUUAAAGCGUCAUAUGAUAACUCACUCAGAAAAACGCCCCUACACCUGCGAGGUUUGCCAUAAGUCCUUCAAACGACUUGAUCAAGUGACUGCACACAAAAUAAUACACAGUGAAGAUAAACCCUAUAAAUGCAAGCUUUGUGGAAAGGGAUUUGCCCACAGAAAUGUUUACAAGAAUCACAAGAAGACCCAUUCUGAAGAGAGGCCAUUUCAGUGUGAGGAAUGUAAAGCAUUGUUCCGAACCCCAUUCUCUCUGCAGAGGCACCUUCUGAUACAUAACAGUGAAAGAACUUUUAAAUGUGAUCACUGUGAUGCUACAUUCAAAAGGAAGGACACACUGAAUGUUCAUAUACAAGUUGUUCAUGAUGGCCAUAAGAAAUAUAAAUGUGAUUUGUGUGACAAAGCCUUUGUGACACCCUCUGUGCUUAAGAGUCAUAAAAAAACUCAUACAGGGGAGAAGGAAAAAAUUUGCCCAUAUUGUGGGCAGAAGUUUGCAAGCAAUGGAACACUGAGAGUACAUAUUCGAAGUCAUACAGGUGAACGUCCUUACCAGUGCCCAUACUGUGACAAGGCUUUCAGCAAAAAUGAUGGAUUAAAAAUGCACAUUCGGACCCAUACAAGGGAAAAGCCUUACCAGUGUUCUGAAUGCAACAAAGCUUUCAGUCAGAAACGUGGCCUCGAUGAACACAUGAGGACCCAUACAGGAGAGAAGCCAUUCCAGUGUGAUGUUUGUGACUUGUCAUUCAGUUUGAAGAAAAUGCUGAUCCGACACAAGCUGACUCACAAUUCAAACCGCCCCAUGGCUGAAUGCCAGCUGUGCCACAAAAAGUUUACAAGAAAUGACUACCUCAAAGUGCACAUGGAAAAUGUCCAUGGAGAAACUGACAGCUAAUUUUGGCUUACACAAAAAAGAGUGCCUAGCAUUCCCUUUAAGGGUGUAUAAACUCCAGACUUCUGACCUGAUUAGUGAGUGCAAGACACACAUACACAUAAAACCUCUCAUAUGUUCAUAUAAUUGCUUUAUUGUCCAAGUUAAACAAGGUUCAAACAGAAAUAACUAAUUUAAGUGUGAAUUUAACCUUUAAUGGGAAAAAACUCACUCAAAUCUCUCAUAUUUUUGUCAUGCUUCAAUUUAUGUUCCUCUGUGUGGUGAAAUCAAUACUAAAAUUACAGUCCAAGAUGCAGUUAAAGUUGCAACAGCCAUUUUGUAAACUAACAGCAUGCAACUACAUAUCCCAAUGGGAAACGUUUUCCUCUCUGUUCUAGCUCCAUGUGCAGGAGAUUUAGAUUCUAGUUAUGCUGGAGUUUUGGUAGGGAUCCUAAUGGCUGCACCUGUAAAAUUGAUCAGUUAUUACAUGAGUGUAUUUAAAGAAUGUGUGUUUUGCUUCUUACUGGAGUGUAAGCAAUAUUGAGCUCAAUGAGAGCUACUUCAUAAAAGAAAUAAUGGGAUCGAACUACUUAUCCUGGAAGGAGUUCAAAUUAUCGUUUCAGGAUUUGGUAGGUGGGAGUACAAGGAUGGAGAUUGUAUCAUUCACAUAGUGGUUGACUGCAGCUCCCUUCAUCUCUCAUUGGUUAUACAGGCUAGGGAUGGUGGAAGUCACAGUCCAAUGACAUCAGUAGGGGUAGAUGUUUUCCACCCCUAUGGUAUUCAUGUGGAAUACAUUCUCAUGCAAAAUAACCCUGGAAAGCUUUAGUGACUUUAAAUUAGGGUUGCCAUUUGUCCUGAAAAACCUGGAAAAUCCCAUAUUGAAGGGACUAAAAAUUAUGCCAACUG